AUGAUAAAUAUGGCGGACGAAAAGUCCCUCAAAAAGUUUCUUACAGACCAUCCUCACUUUGAACUUUUUAAAGACGAGCAGAACAGGAAAAAGGUACCUAAAGCAUCGGCAAAAGUAGUACUUAGCAAAAUACGAAAGUAUCAUAACGUUUGAAAUAAUUUUACGAUUUCCACGUGUAUGCUGUCCUUCACGCGUCGGAGCGGACGCACGGAGCCGACUGACGGAGUCACACAGGUCCUUUAUUAUUAAUCUAUUGGAAGACCCAGGAGCAGUAAGUCGGGGCAGGAGGACUGAAAAAGUAAAGAAGAAGAUUAGCACUUUCGUCUUGAUAACAUCUCAUUGCCCCAGAGCAAAGUGAGAAAGGCACAGGACACCCAAGUGUGACACCCACUUACAACUUAGGGGCUGGUGUAAAAAGGAUUUGUAGUGCUCUGGUGCUCUAUUAUUGUUCUCUACUAUUGUAAAGAGGUUAUAGUGACCAUAACAUUUAAUUUUUUCAGCUAACUGUGAUAAAUCCACUCUCCUAAUCCUUUGUAGGUGAAGUGUAAGCUUACAGGACAUGAAUUGCCAGCUAGAAUAUCAGACCUUGAAAACUACACAAGAGGAAAAAAAUAUCAACGACUGGUCAAAGAUGUUCCAAAUACAUCUCCUGGAUUUGAAGAAUAUAAGGAAUUUUUAGUACCAAGUAGGAAAAAUAGGUACCGUAUGUAUCCGUUAUUAGCUUUGAUCAAAAUUACAGUUGAGCCUCCACUAAACUAGCCUGAUUCUCAGACGUUUAAGGUCGUUCACGGUCCCUUCGCUCUCCUCUCUCCAGGGAGGGAAGUGAGGGGACCGCGAACGACCCCGGACGUCUGAGAAUCAGGUUACCACUAAACGGCCACCUCUCUACAACGACCACUUUUUUUUGGCAGAAAGUCCAUACAUUGACUCUUGUUUAUAAGUCUCUACAAUGGCCAUCUCUCUACAACGGUGACUUUCUUCUCUCCUAAAGGUGGCUGUUUUGGAGAGGUUCAAUUGUACUUUAAAUGAGCUCUAGGUUUGUGAGAAACUAAGUUAGGCAAGUUUAUCAUAAUACUUUGAAGCAAAGAGGCUUUUCUUCCACCAGAUGCAAGGCCUUUUUUUGUUUAAAACUGAACCAAAUCAUGACUUACUUAGUGUUUCUUGAUUCUGAGGAAAACAAUGAUAAAGUGGAAUGCUUGUCAAAACUCAGUUCAAUCGAAGACUUUCUUUUAAACAAAAGGCUUUUGUUAUUUGCAAGGAAGUGAAGAGGCCGCGAACAACCUCAGACGUCUGAGAAUCAGGCUUGUAUUUAGAAGGAUGUAAUAAUAUUAAGAUAAAUUUAGUUAACUUACACUCACAAUGUAGAUUGAAAGGCUGCCAAUUCAAGUGGUAAGUCUGUGCAAAAUUUGGUUUCGAUAUUCUUCUGCCAUCAGAAAAAACUGGUAUGUUUCACAGGUUAAAGGGGCUGUGUCUCUUACAUUCGGUGUGAAUUGAAAAUGCAAGCAAAGUGUCAGAAUCAACAGGAAUCUACCAAGAAUGGCAUGGUCAAGUGCUAAAAGUUACUAUGAUAUUACAUAGAAACUGUUAAAAACUCCUUUUGGCUAAGUAUUAACAAAAAAGGAAGGGGACUACAAUGAAAAUGUCUGCCAUAAGUUUUCAAGUUUGACAGUUUCAUUAAUUGGGAAAAUUGCUUGGAAACCUAUGGUGUGCUUGCUCCUUGGGAAAUAUAUUUAGUUAUUUCUCUGAUUGUUCAAAAGCCACCUUUUUGAUUUGUGAAACUGGGAGUUUAAGUUCAUAAUUUGAAGGUAGUUUACAUGAAAACUUAAGAGAAUUCUUUUGAAACCUCUGUUUUAAAGAGACACCAGCUGCAUCACAAAUGUACCAAUGAUGUCACAUGUGAUCCAAGUGUGGAUCAAAUGUGGGUGAGGUUCAGACACUUGUCAUUACAUUGUUCAUUUUUUUAUUAAUCUUUUUUAGGAGUCAGCUUUAUUGUGAACUUACCAAAAAGUUCAUCAAUAAUACGCCUCAUCAUAUUCAAACACAUGUUACUGGAAAGCGUUUCUUGAGAGCGUUGGAAAAGCGUGAGUAUGAAGUUUUAAAGCUCAUUCAAUAGUGCAAUUUUCUGAUGUAAGAAUGACAAUGUAAUUAGUCGACUAGAUUUGUUAAUGCCUCAUUAUUUGGCUGCCCGUGAGGGCAAUGCCCAAUCAAGAAAUACCUUCCAUCUUUGUCAAAAAAUGGGGGACAGAACCCCAGAAGGCUUUGCAUGUCCCAUUCCCACUUCAAUGGGGCCAAUUUUUGCUGGGAUGGGACAGGUCAUUUCAGAAUUUCAGACAAACAGACUUGGAAGUCGAUGUGGAACAAAUGCAAAAUUAUUGCAUGGAGUUAUUGGCCUGAUAUCUAUCUCUUCUUUGGCAGUUAAAUUGCUUUUGGAAAGUAUCCAUUGCCUUAUAUUUUUAGGUGAAAUUGCUGUUCACAUUCAGAGAUAUUUGUUCUUGUUAUUGUUCACAUCCUUGCCAUUCUAUGAAUUUGUGGAGAAAAUUGACUGGCAAAUGGUUAAGUACAAACCCUGAUGAUAUAAAAAUAAAAUCGUUUAAAAGUCGAACAAGAUUCGCUUUUAGGGGAUGUUUUUCUCUAAAAUAAUGCUGUCAAUUUUGUAGAUCGCGAGCAACAGAAGGCUAAAGAUGAUAAAUCAGAUGAAGAAAUGUGGGUUCCAUCUGACCUUGAAUCUGAUUCAGAAGAUGAAGUCGAGGAAGGAGCAAAAAGAAAAAAGACAGAAGAUGAAGAAGAUUCUGGAGGAGAAUUCUCUUCGGAAGGUUUAGUGUUGUUUUAUUUCUUCCGUUGCGUGACAAUUUGCACGAGAACGUUUCCAAGUCUAAAGGGGUUGUCUACAUGCGGUGUGCGACAAACGCUGACUGUAGACUUGCAGACUGGUAGGUAAACGAGGUAAACAUUGUUGUGAAAUUCCCUAUCUCUACACUAGUCUUUUAGAAGACUUAAAAUUUAGGGAUAGGGAAUCUGUUAGAGCGUUUCACAACAAUGUUUACCUCUUUUACCUGCCAGUUUGCGUUUGUCGCACACUGGUUUACAUGAUACCUGGGAAAAUUUGUGGCGGCUUAAGUCCACUCCGGUUCUCUCGCAUGGCUAUGUAUUCAUUUACAUGUUUAAUACCACCAAAAAAUGUUAUUUCGGCUGAGUCAUACCGGCACGAGUUCACCACAGUUACUGUGUCGGAGCAAGAAUUUCAUUCUGCGCUAGAUCUCGCAUCGGUAUCAUAUAAACGAAGAAUGACCACACGUUUCGGUAGAAAUUGGUCUCUCGAUGGACUAAAACGUGUAGCGCGUAGUCAAUCAAAGAUAGUGUCAUUCUCGAAUUCUAGAGCUCAAGGUUCUGUUUCUCGUCCGCAGUCAUGCGCAAUAGAGUAGAGUUCUGGGAUCGAGAAUGAGGUGGCGGCGUUUUCACGGUGGCGUCUCCUCGUCUGAAACUUGCGCUGGUGUUAACAGCCCCUAAUACCCUUUAAAAUGAACAUGUCUCUAAACGCUUACGUCUUCUUACGUUACAGCUGGCGUGGCGAGAAGUAGAACCGACGUGAUAGUGUUUCUACGUCGCGCUUUACUUGAUGCGACGAAAGCGUUGCAAGACUUGCUCAUGCAAAAUUGUCUCACUUAGGGGAGAUUCAACUUGUCUCGCUACACUACUGCAAGAAAUAGACCCUAGUCGGGGAGCUCAAAGCCUUGUGCAAACUCAGGGAAGUGGAGUUGGGGUGAGGGAAUACGCUUUUUCUUUCCUCAUGCACCCCCGCCUCCAGAGAGCUCGCAAGGAGGUUACGACAAGCAAAACUAAAGUUAAAGGGAAAAAAGGAGCGGGCGAGGACUGGGAAGAGAGCUGUACCAAGCUGCUCGUGUUCACGGACUGAAUGGCUGGAACAUGCUAUUUCUUGCUUCAACCCUUUAGAUAAGCAGCUAGGGAAGGGAGCAAAGGAUAUUGGCGAGUUCCGGGCGAUUGUAUUGGGUGGCUUUAGAGUCCGUUCAGGUUAUCUCGCCAUCUCUAUCGCGAAAUACAAUGAAACCGCCAGUUAGCGAAAGCCAUAGUGUAAUCGGGUCGGGUCUAAUGGACAGAUCUGUCAUUGCGAACAAAGAGCAGUAUCCUUUCAGUUAGUCUCCCACGCAGCCGUUUUUCUCCUCCCCUCGUCUCGCGCUAUGCACUCGUUUCGCGCUUGGCGCAAAAUACCUCGUUCGCCUCGCUUGGCUCAUAAAGCGCCUGUUCUGCAGGCUAGGAGGGACUUUCCAUGGCCAGACAAAACAAGCAGCGCGGGAGACAAACUUUCAGUAGUCAGAAAUUGUGGACCCUUACUUGGGCGUGUUCGCAAUGUUUUAACGAGAGUUUUGAGUUGGUCUACUUUGACUUCGCCUCUGAAAGUAACUGUCUUUCAUUGCUCUUCACCACUUCGGUAAGACGCUUGCGUGGGGUACUACUCUCUAGUUCCUUAUUUGAAAGUGCGGUCCUCUUUCCAGUUUUGUCUUGGAUCUUAAGUGCUCAGGCGAAAGCAAAUAGAGAAUCGCGUUUACGGCAACAUCAAAACGCAACAUCCCAUUGGAAAAUUUCUCAAAUAAAAGAGAUGAGCAGGUAAAAACUGUCCAAAAUAAUUUUUGUUGAUGACCCUAACAUGAAGCUUUGUAUAUUUAAUGUUGAUAAAUACAAAUUGACGUUUGCCGUUUGUCGUGAACGUGAAUCUGAGAGUGCUUAACAUUUGAUGUGGUGGCCGUUACGUGAAAAUAGUUCUAAUCAAUCGUUUAUUGUUCUCAACAGAGGAAGAUGAGAUUCAUGAAACAAAAAACCAGGAUACUUUUAAAAGGACGAUCAAGGUAAAAAGUAGGGGCAGCAUUAACUGUUAAGUGCAUUCUCCACUUCUUUGUUAGGUGGCGUUGCGUUGUGCCAGAUUAUGAAUCACUCCAUUUUAAGAGCCAUGGCAGGUGAACAGCUUAAAAAACUAUCUUGAAAAUACCCCACUGAAACACCAAAUUAGCCUUCGAUUAAUACUCCUGGAGAAAUCUGCAGUGCUUUAACAAUGUAUAUUCGUGACCGCAGUCAGGGAUUUGUAAAAAAUAAUUACUGAAAUCUCGCCCAACUCUUUCCCUGCUUUUCAGAUUUUGUUGAAGUCUACUUCAGCACCGGUGACUCUAGCAAGUAUAAAUUGCACACCCGAAAGUUCAGGCAUUUUUCCUUAAUUUGUGUAAUGGUACAAUUUAGCGCUGUUUUCAUUUUGGCUCUUGGCAGGAACCAAAAAAGGAUAAAUCGACAAAGAAACUGAAAACAAGCUGCGAAAAAGAAGACAAAAAGGCCAGUAAUGUACCCAAGAAUAAAUCGAAAACGAAGAAAUCCAAGAAGACAUAGCCAAACCGGAGAUGCAUGGCUGUUAUGGGCUACCUUCAUACGAGAAAGAUUAUAAAAUAACUAUUAAGACUAACUGAACGGUGACCUGCUAGCUGUGGUCAAGAAGAAAACGAAUUACCGAAUAAUGAGAAUCAAGGAGAAAGAUAGAUUAUGGAGAAAAGGAGUGUUCUUUUCAGUACUGUGCUUGUACUUUCAAAAAUAUGAACAGUAUCACAGUGACAUCUGUAAACGUUCCAAUCGUUUGUCAGUCUCUUGUCCUUUUCUCCAGGAACGUUGCAAUCUACAUAAACUUUUGCAGGCUCCUAGAUAGUAAGGACAGCCGAAAACAAAGGCACGCGAAACGGAAAAGAUGUGCGUGCUAGUUUUCUCGAUCCGCUACUUUUCCAACUAUCUUGAAGCAUGGAGGCUGCAGUCUUCAUCUUACGCAACUUCGACUCCUCACAUACUUAAUUACUAUGAGAGGAGCUGACUCGUCCCCAGUCGUCUUCGAGUAACGCGCGUGGCGGGAGCAGGGGGUGAUGGGAAGGGAAAAGGGAGGAAGAGUCUCUCCCUCGCUUUCCUCCUUCCCACCACACCCCGCGCGCCGCUAGAGAGAGAUAGUGAGAGACGGCUGGGUACAAGUCGGAUGAGAGGAGAGUUUAACCUUAAGUUGGAGGAGAGUGAAUUAUACCUAACCCC